AUGUCUGCCGCAAAGUUCGCCGCUGUGUUCGCCCUGGUGGCCGUGGUCGCGUCGGUGGCCGGUUCGCCAAUGUCGUCGUCCGCGGCUCAGCAGCAGCCUCCGCCGCAGCGUGACCAACACGACGGCGACAACGACGUGAACCUCCAGCCGCAGCCGCACCACCAACCACAACACGCCAAGCCGUCGUACGUGAUACGCGAGGAAGAGCUGAUGCGCAAGUUGAACGCCAAGUGCGGCGCCCGGGACGUGUCCAGCUGCGUAAUGCUCAAGCUGGUCACGUACAUGAACAAGCUGAUGAAGAAGAACAGCCUGGAGAUCAGCGACAUGAUGGAGAUCGCCAAGAAGGACGGACCGGCCGAGGACACGGCCACCGCCGGCGAGAGUUCGGUCCGCGUGGACGGCUCGGCCAGGGGGUACACCGACGAGUCGGCGUUCGGCGAGGUGAUGGCCGACAAGUUGUGGAGGUACGUCCAAUCUCGGGCCCUCAAGAUCAAAGUCCUUCCCGAGGCCGACUUCGUCGUGUCCGCGUCCCCAGAGCAAGACGGCUCUCUUAACUUCGGCAUGUCGUUCAGGUCCGGCAAAGACUUGAACGAGUCCGGACGGGGUAAGAACAAGAACAUGGGACCCAUGAUGGCGGCCAUGAUGAUGAAAAUGGGAAUGCUCAAGGUCAUUGCCUUCAAGGUCCUCGCCCUGCUCGUAGGAAAAGCUUUGUUCGUCAGCAAGCUCGCCUUCCUGUUGGCCACCGUCAUCGGACUGAAAAAGUUAUUCAGCCAACAGAAACACGUCACGUACGAGGUGGUAGCUCACCCACACCACGAGUCCCACGGAAGUGACUCCUACAGCUCGGCCGGAUGGGGUCGUUCGUCGUCGGAGGCAGCUCACAACAUGGCCUACUCCGGACAGGGCCAGUAG